GGAAGGUCAGUGCACUUCUCCUAAUCAUCAUUUUGUGGAGUUCAGCCGUCAUGGAAGGAUCGAUACAGUUUGUGCUUUACAUUUUGGCGAUAUUUUCGCCCAUUUUUUGCUUUGGUGAGCAAGCAGUCCCACUCAUAGCAUGGUCCAAUACAAGAUCUUUUACCAACAAACCUAGAAUUUCUGCUGGGAAGGUUAUUACCAGGGAAGAGCUGAGUACCAACUAUUUGACCAGCAUCCUACAUUCAAAGCCCCAGAAUAUUUUCCUUUUUGUCUUUGAUGAGUUGAGCAUUGAUGAUGUUACCCGCUACAGCGAUGCUUACAAUUCAGAUGGACAAGGUGGUGCCUUGAGUCACCUCAAAAAGGCAAUGACUGAAUCCCUCUCAAGUCUAGUACUGCCCUCUGUUGAGCUGGGUGACCUUCAGAAGGAGCUGAGUUCAAAGGUCAGCGGUGCCACAGUUGACCUGCAUAACCCUAUCCUGGGUAGUGGGACCCUGGACACAACCAAGACCAAUCUGGUGGUGAUGCGCUUUGAUGUGGCCUCAAGUGAUUCAAAAGAGGAGGCCUUUUCCAAUGCUGAUAACAUCAUGAACUCCAUGGUUCGGGGACAAAGGAAUUCCUUCACAGCAAUCCUGACAGCAACUCAGAAAUCAGUGCCGAAGCCACCACCUAGCGACCGACUGACCAUCAGCCGGCAUCUCCUCCAAACUGACGAGUCGUCUUUCAUUGCCUUCUACAACAGCAAGACUCCAGAAUGCAGUGUCUACAUGACAGCCAAUGCCCUCAGCCUAACCAUGGGCUCGGCCAAGCCGAUCACUUUGCCCAAUUCCGGUUGGUCAUUUUCCAACUCCUCUUGUCGGACCGAUGGAGAUGAGCAAGUGAUCGUUAAUUUGGAAAUGAAGCUGGAUAAGGAUCUUACCGAUCUGAAGGACUUCAAAAUGAGUUUGACCUUCAUAACAACACCAAAGAAAGCCAAUAGUUUCUGGACAGUAUCGUCAGCUAGCUUUGUUGAGUUUGCAGAGGGCAGUGAGACGACCAAAACGUACGACCUCCAAACCGGAAUCACUGAAACCCCCACCAGUUUCUCCUACCACUGCUCAGACGGCGUCUUUACCCUCUCACCCCGGCAGGGUCGCAAAGGUGUUACCUCAGGACAACUCAUGAUCACUGAGUUGCAGGUUCAACCGUCGGGAAUCACAAAGAAGGGGGAGGUACCACAGUUUGGUCCAGCUAACGAUUGUGUAGGCUUCUUUACUGAAGGCAUAUGGAUGGGUCUCUUCAUGGGUCUUAUCUUACUUCUCAUCUUCUCCUUUGGUUUAGGUAUGAUGUCCAGCCUUAGGGUUAUGGAUAAAUUUGAUGAUCCCAAGGGAAAAACUAUUACUGUCAACACGUCUGCUGACUAGUCUGGUGUAAUUUGUAUGGGUUUUAAAGUAUGCAGUAAAAACAGCUUUUGAGAGAGAAUUGUAGAUUGCUUUCGAAUUAGUGUUUUAUGUGGAAAGUGACGAGUGAGAUUGCUGAUUGUUAAAUUUUAAACCAAUCAGGGUUUGAGUUUGAAGCGGUUUGACCAAUCAAAGGACAAUUGUCAACAGACAUGUCAAUUAGAACAUGGGCAAAUAUUCUCUUUCAAAGCUGUGCUGAUUGUCAUAAGUUGUAAUACAUGUACAUGUAGGUAUUACUUUUCAGUCUGGUUUAACCGUGUUGGAAAUGUUUGUUAUACUUGAUUAUAUUGAGUCUAGCAUUAUGGGAACCAUCUGUAACUAUAUGCAAUGUAAUAGUGUUACCAUGUGGUAGUAAGUGGGAGUCCAUUAAUAUUAUGAAGUAUGCUAUUGUGUAUCAUAAUCCUGUGGCACUUAGAACCAAGAACCUGAGAACUUGGAACCAAGAACUCUGCACAAGAGAACCCCAUCUUGGAAUCCAUUUUCUUGUGAUUGAUUCACAAUUGAAAGCCGUGCAAUUUCUUUUAUGUACGAGGUGAAAGUAUUGGGAGACCCUGCAGACAAAACUUCAACAAAUCUUGUAGAAUUAAGCCGACAUAAAGGUGCAGUCAGGUGAUUUCUUUGUUGGAGAAUGAGCCAAUUCAUUAUUUCAAAAAGGCAAGUCGUUCAACCACAAGGCACCCAAUUCAAACUGUUCAGCAGGUGUGAGUUGGCAUGCGUGAUACCUCGUGGUGGCUCUUGCUCUUCCCAAAUGACCUCUGACAUUCUUAUCCUGGCAUGGGUAGUUGGAAUAGUGAAAUGGUUGAUUCAGAGUUCAAAGUUAUCAACUCUAAGCAGCAGGAACCAGGAUCCGAUUGGAGGUAUUGCCACUGAAUGCAAGGCUUGUGUUGCAUGUGUUCGUGUACUUCUAUGAGCUGUUCUGGUAACGAGAUGAUGGAUGAGGGGAAAUCUUUUGAAGGGUUGUAGCUGAGAAGAAUAUUGGUGGGGAAUUAAAGCAGUGUCUGUAAUCAGAGCUUAGAACAGUUUGGUAAAAAAAGUGAAACAAGAAAAGGACUACCUAUUAAUUUGUCUAAUCAUGUGAAUUGUGUUAAAAAUUCUGAAAGUCGUAAUUCUCACAAUUUCCCUUGUUGGUCACUUGACUUCCAACUUUUUUUCUCUCUCAGAGGUUCUACUUGUUUGCCUUUUUCUUUUGAUACAAAUUUUUAAGGAAUAAACUAUAUUCCUUCUCAGAAUGGCCUCUUAGCAAAGUUAUUUUCUUCGGGGCAAAUUAUGAAUGUGGGGAAUUCAAAAUUCAAAUUGUGUAUCAUGAUUAGCAGAUAUGAUCUCGUCAAUUAGUAAAAAUAAAUUCCGGGAAAAUGAAGCUGGA